AUGUCGAACACUCGAGGUUGGAAGGAUCUGCCGACUUUUCUUCAGUGGUCAAAGCUACUGUGUCUUCUUAUUGCACUUUCAGGUUGCCAUGGACUUAAGCCUCAACUGUAUCCAAAUGUGACUGAGUUAGAGAUAAAUGAAGGAGAAACUUUAAACAUAACGUGCACAAGCAACAGCUAUGUUAAUUUUUAUUUCCCUACAAGUAAUAGAAGGGGUAGAACCACCUCUCGGCCCCUUAUUACACCAGAAGUCAGGAGUACCCACAAGAUAUUCAUAAGAUUAUCUACUGUUUUUGGAGAUACUGGCUGGUACGGAUGUGCUGAUGAAAGCAAACAAAUAACAAGUUUGACGUACAAAAACUACAGCGACCUAAGUAUCAGUUGGGUGUACGUUUAUGUUUUCGGACUGAGCGAAAAGAUCACUUUUGACUCCAAAACUGGUUUUGUCAUUGAAGAAGCAAAUUGGGAUACGACCAGUACUUCCAGAAAAGUUUUAAAUACCGUUCGAGUAGAAGAAAAAGGAAUUCAUAAUUUAGUCAAUCUCAUAACAUCUGAGCUUAUUAUUGACAAUGUUACUUACGAUGAUAGAGGUAACUACGCUUGUAAAAUAAGAUCUUCGUUUGAUGAAGAAAAGAGUCUUGAUACUUACGUUUGCGUAUUUGAUACUAACAAACCAUACAUCAAUCUAACUUCUGACAAUCUUUAUGUAGUCUCAGAGAAUGGUAAAUCAGUGACUUUCUUGGCUCUUGUUGAUGCAUGUCCAAUACCAACUUUGGAGUGGACUCACCCUCAAGGUAAGCCAACGGUCGAGUUUGAUAAAACUUACCUCAAAUCUUACUACAGUUUUAAUAAAACUGCCAAGUUUGUUUGCCUUGCCAAUGGUCAUCCUAAGUCAAAUAUAUCCUGGACCAUAAUGAAUUAUCUGGGAAUGGAAACAGAUGUCCAUAGUAGCAAUUUUGAACAAAAGUCAGUGCUGGAACGGAAACAGCUGAUAACACCUUGUGUAAUAGUAUGCACGGCUUGCAAUAGCUAUGGAUGUGCCUCUGCGUCAAAGAAAAUUCGCAUAACAGAUGGCGUAGCUAAUGCAUCUUUUGGAAUCAUACAACCAAAUAGAAGUUUUCAGAAAGGUGACAAUAUUUCUUUAAUAUGUGCUGCUAUAAUAAAUGAUUUCUACGGCGUCGUAUGGUAUGAUGAUAAUGGUCAGGUGGUAGUGGAUUCUGAAAGAAUACACGUUACAUCGAAGAUAACUGAAUUUACUUACCAAGCCAUUCUCACAAUCAAUAACGUGAAUGAAUCAGAUAGAAGGAAGUACUAUUGCAAAGGGACGGAAAGAUACUACGGACUUGUUAGAAAUCCUUCGCGCAAAAUACUUACAGAGUCAUACUUCCUUAACAUCAAUAAUCCACCUUCUUUUACCCUUGUAAAUUUGAACGCUACAGAGAGAACAGUGAUGGCAAGGAAUUUUGAGAAUCCCCUGACAUUAUUAUGCUAUGUUGGAGGGAUUCCAACCCCUAACAUUACGUGGUCGAAAAACAAUGUACCUCUGAAGAUGUCAUCACAGUAUACUUUCGAGGACAACAAUCAAAAAUUAACUAUAAGAUACUUUUUUGAAAAAGAUUCUGGUUAUUAUUCAUGCCAUGCUAAGAACGAUUACGGAACAGUGGAACAAUCACAAAUUAUUGUUGUGAAAGGAAAUCCAAAUACUAAUUUUUAUACUGGAAUAGUCGUAUGGUUCAUCGCAAUCCUUACUUUUAUAUCAAUUUACUUUUACUUACAAGUACAACAUGGAAAGACGCAAUUUAAAAAGUAUAAGAUUAGUUUGAUUAAUAUUAACGUUAAAUUUGAUUCUCUUCCAUCACAUCAAGAUAAAAAAUUAGGAAGUGGAGCUUUCGGAGUCGUGUAUAAAGCCGUAGCUUAUGGAAUAUUUGCUAAAAAAUCUAAGACAACUGUAGCUGUAAAAACUGUUCGCAAAAAUGCAGAUCCAAUGUAUAUUACUGCAUUGGCGAAGGAGCUUAAAAUUAUGAUUUAUUUGGGACAACAUUUGAAUAUAACAAGUCUUUUGGGGGCUUGCACGAAAAAUAUAGCCAAACGUGAACUUUUUGUGAUUGUUGAGCUUUGCAAAUUUGGAAACCUGCAAAAUUAUCUCUUGAAUCAUCGACAAACUUUUAUCAAUCAAAUUAAAUCAGAUAAAGGUAAAAUCGGCCCUUAUAUCAGAAAAACAUCAAAUAGUGUGGUUUUAAGCGGCAGUAAUUCAAGCAAUGAGACCAGCAUUUACUGCUCAGAGGAUCGGACAUUUGUUGGCUCAAUGGAAUUUAGUGAUGAUUUUGAUGACGAUGAUUCCCAGCCAGGUUGGCGUUCUAAUUGCAAAGGGGACUACGCGAAUGAAGAUGUUUCGUUUCUCUGCACUGAGGAUCUUUUUUUAUGGGCUUAUCAAGUAGCAAAUGGUAUGGAGUACCUUUCCCAAAGAAAGGUGCUACAUUGUGAUUUAGCCACGAGGAAUAUAUUAUUGGCAGAAAAUAACAUUAUUAAGAUAUGCGAUUUUGGUCUAGCAAAGACAUUGUACAAAGACGAAAACUAUAAGAAGCAAAGCGUUGGCAAGUUGCCUGUAAAGUGGAUGGCCAUUGAGUCCAUUAGGGAUGGAGUCUUUUCAACUAUGUCAGAUGUGUGGUCAUUUGGUGUAGUUCUAUGGGAACUUUUCACCCUUGCAGAAAUACCUUACGCAGGUGUAGGGUUCGAAGUAAUGUAUCAGAAAUUAGUCAGGGGAUACAGAUUGGCUCAGCCUACUUUAGCCACUGAUGACAUUUACAAUACUAUGCUCGAUUGCUGGGAAGAAGAGCCGACAUUAAGGCCAUCUUUUACAAUGCUGGUUGAAAGUUUUAAAAAUCUUUUACAAGAUGACAUCAAAAUACGCUUUCUAAAACUCUAUCAUACGUAUGAAAAUUGA